AUGGAAGAGCUAUAUCACAACUACAAAUUUAGAGUGAUUUCCAUACCAAGUAGAACAGCAGCUCCAUUACAGUCAAGGUCUCGAAACUCCAUGGUCAAUCACCAUCAACAUUCUGCUUCUUUAUUUGUUCCAGAGGGGCUUGGAAAAAAUCUACAAACCAUCUCAUUACUUGGUUAUUUGCAUGAAUUUAGAGGAAUAACUGGACCCCAAAUGGUUGUGGCUCCUAAGACUACACUUGUUAACUGGAUGAAUGAAAUUAAACGUUUUUGCCCAAUAUUGCGUGUUGUAAAGUUUCUUGGUAAUCCAGACGAAAGGAAAUACAUACGUGAAGAGCUACUUGUUGCUGGAAAGUUUGAUAACAACCUUCAUGAGCUUUGGGCACUGCUGAACUUUUUGCUACCUGAGAUUUUUAGUUCUUCUGAAACCUUUGAUGAGUGGUUUCAAAUUUCUGGUGAAAAUGAUCAGGAAGAGGUUGUUCAACAGCUUCACAAGGUGCUAAAACCUUUUCUUCUAAGAAGAUUGAAGUCAGAUGUUAAGAAAGGUUUACCUCCUAAAAAAGAAACCAUUCUCAAGGUUGGAAUGUCUCAAAUGCAAAAACAGUAUUACAAGGCCUUACUACAAAAAGUUCUUGAGGUUGUGAAUGAUGGAGUUGAGAGAAAGCGCCUGUUGAAUAUUGUCAUGCAACUCAGAAAAUGCUGCUAUCAUCCAUAUCUAUUUCAAGGAGUUGAACCUGGUCCUCCUUAUACUACUGUUGACCAUCUUGUAACAAAUGCAGGAAAAAUGGUGCUUCUGGACAAGUUGCUUCCAAAAUUGAAGGAACGUGAUUCAAGGGUGUUAAUAUUCUCACAGCCAGGAAGUGAAAAGUUUGUGUUUUUAUUAUCAACAAGAGCUGGAGGGCUUGGUAUCAAUCUUGCCACUACAAAUAUUGUCAUUUUGUAUGACAGUGACCGGAAUCCACAAGUGGAUUUUCAAGCUCGGGAUCAUGCUCAUAGCAUUGGGCAGAAAAAAGAAGUUCAAGUGUUCCGAUUUUGUACUGAGUACACUAUAGAGGAGAAAGUCAUUGAAAGAGCUUAUAAAAAGCUUGCACUUGAUGCUUUGGUUAUUCAACAAGGAUGUUUAGCUGAGCAAAAGAAUGAGCUGCUGGUGAGGUUUGGUGCUAUGGUAUUCAGUUCAAAGGAUAGUACAAUCACAGAUGAAGAUAUCGAUAGAAUCAUUGCUAAGGGAGAAGAGGCAACUACUGAACUUGAUGCCAAGAUGAAAAAAUUCAUAGAAGAUGCAAUCAAGUUCAAAAUGGACAACACUGCUGAUUUGUAUGAUUUUGAUGAUGACAAGGAUGAGAAUAAGGUUGACUUUAAGAAGAUUGUGAGUGAUAACUGGGUGGAGCCUCCAAAAAGAGAGAGGAAGCGCAAGUAA